AUGGAGCAAGCCGGUCACGUGGAGGAGGAUGACUUCUCGCAGUUCCUCUCCCAGGAGAAUGCAACAGCGCCGCCACAGCCCGAGGUGAAUGCUGAAGCUUUGCUUCGCCUGGUGGCGGAAUCCUCGCAACGCCAAGAGCAGCUGCUGAGCAAGGUCUGCAGCUUGCUGGUGAACUUGGACGAGAAGAUGGGGCGCAUUGCAUCCGCGCAGGAGCGCUUGGAAGACAGCCUGCAUCGGGUCGACCCGCCUGCUGGGGUGGCACGGGCUCCCGUGUCGGCGCAAGGGCAGCAGCAGCGUGGGUCCCUGGUGCCGCCCCCCGGCAAGCCAGGCUACUCUGCGUCAGGUGCCCCGCAAGGUCCAACGCUGGAGGAACAGCGUUUGCAGCAAGAGCGCCUAGCAGCUGAGAGGUUGCGAAUGGAGGAGGAGAAUCGUCGGCGGGCCGAGGAGAUGAAUCGAAGAAAAGAGGAGGAAGAACGCCGCAAGCGAGAGGAGGAGGAGCGCUGGCGCCAGGAAGAGGAAAGGAGGCGAGAAGAGGAGCGUCAGCGGAGGGAGGAGCUGGGAAAGAAGACCAGUGGCCUCAUGUCCGGCCUUCUCUCCAGUGGUGGAGGUGGCGGUGGUGGUUUGUUUGGCGACGAGGAACCCAAGCGGAACAGCAAAGGUGGCCUCUUCGACGACUAG